AUGCCGCUCUUCUGUCUUAACUCAACCGCUCAACGUCCACUCACAGACCACCCCACCUCCCGUCCUUCACCUACAUGUACUCUUGUGUCUUCUACGGUCACGGUCACAAACGACCUACGUCUCGCAGCUGAUGGAAGUAACAGCCAAACUCCCGGUUUUCAAUGUCCUGCGAUCGCAACCGCCUCUCACUCCACCGAAGCUCCAGCUCUUCUUCGACCUGGUUCUCCAUUCAUCCUCGCAGCGUUUAAUGUUCGAACUUUGAUGCAGAUCGGACGACGAACAUGUCUGGGCCGUACUCUUGAAACGCUAUCGGUAGACAUCUGUUGUCUUUCAGAGACCAGAUUACAAGACUCUAGCGCCGUCAUCAAAAUGGCCUCUCCGGUAAACUCUGACGCCAACUACUACUUGCGGCUUUCCGGAGACCCAGAAUCUGCCGCCACUGGUCAAGCUGGUGUUGGGGUUGUAUUAAGUGCCAGGGCUGAAUCAGCUCUGCUUGACUGGAUCCCAGUCAACAGCCGACUAUGUGCAGUCAGACUAAGAGGUUCAUGUAACGUAAGCAGGCGUCGAGAUGUUAAGCGUGCCUUAUUUGUCGUCUCCGCCUACGCCGCUACAGACUGCAGCCCGGAUGCAGUCAAGGAUAGCUUUUACCAACAACUACAUGAACUUCUGCGUUCCUCCAAACGGACGGAUAUAGUCAUUCUUGCCGGGGACUUUAACGCACGGGUUGGCCGCCUUCUACCAAGCGAGCACCACAUUGGGGGUAGUUUUGGUCUCGGUGGCAGUCGAUCAGACAAUGGAGACAGACUACUUGCUCUUUGCUCUGAUCAUCGCUUGUUUCUUUCGAGCACUAGUUUUCGACACUCGAGGAGACAGACUGCUACCCUCACAAACGCAAGAGUGCUCCCAGCUUGA